GGAUAAUGAUUGAUUCUAAUUCGACUUAGUUUCAUUUAUUUUUGCUUGAAAGUGACUCCUCCACAAGCAAAGCCACAGACUUCUUUAUUACCCAUCUCUGUAUCGUAUGUCCCUUUUAAUCUGAUUGGAAUCUUUACCAGUUCAUUUAAAGAGUUAAAAUCCACUCAUGUACAGAUAAGACUGGUGGUUGAGUCAUUUCCUUUUCUCUCUUCCUUCUUCUUCUUCUAUUUUCUUUUUUGUAAAGAUUGCAGGUCGCUAGAUUUUUUGUUCAGAUUUCAUGCUAUAACAAUUUUUCAACAAGUACAUAAGUAUUAAUGGGGUCUGAAGGGCCUCCGGCUGUAACAAUACAUGUGACAGGAUUCAAGAAAUUCCAUGGAGUUUCAGAAAAUCCAACUGAGACAAUUGUUACUAAUCUCAGAGAGUAUAUGAAGAAGAAGGGUAUGCCAAAAGGUGUAAUAUUGGGGAAUUGUAAUGUUCUUGAAACUGCAGGACAAGGAGCGGUUAUUCCCCUUUACCAGACAUUGCAAACUGCUAUAAACUCGAAGGAUUCCGAAUCUUCAAAUCCUGGGAGAACUAUUUGGUUACACUUUGGGGUUAAUAGUGGAGCGACAAGGUUUGCCAUUGAACAUCAAGCUGUCAAUGAAGCUACUUUUAGGUGUCCUGAUGAAAUGGGAUGGAAACCACAGGUUAGAUAUAUAUUCCUCGGGUCUUUUGUCUGGUAUUUUGGUGUCUGGUUCUCACUGCUCCAUCUUCCUAGUGAAGAUUCCAAUUCAUUGAAUUUGUGGCAUGAUAUGCAGAAACUACCCAUUAUCCCUUCUGAUGGUGGAAUUUCGCGAGUGCGAGAGACAACUCUUCCCGUUCAGGAGAUUACAAAGGCCCUGUCAAAUAAAGGUUAUGAGGUGAUGACCUCAGAUGAUGCUGGCCGGUUCGUAUGCAACUAUGUUUACUACCACUCCCUUCGCUUUGCCGAGCAAAAUGGGAACAAGUCACUCUUUGUGCACGUACCUCUCUUCUUAACCAUAGACGAGGAAACACAAAUGCAGUUUGCUGCUUCCUUGUUGGAGGUGCUUGCUUCUUCAUGUUAGCAAUCUAUCAGCGCCCAUUUACAUCGUUAUGUCCUGGAGCUUGCAAACUUGUACUAUUGUUGAUCAUGUGAGUGAAAGUGUAUGGAUGUCUGUAGCGAAAUGCUUCAAUAAAUAGACGAGUGUAUGCGAAUGAAAGAAAAAUGUGCUUGUGAUGGAUAUUUUUGCUUCUUCUGGACUUCCCUUGACCUUUUAUAAGAAAAAAAAGGUUUUGGCCACUCAUUAGAAGGUUCUUCAAAUCUUAUGUUAAUAUGUGAAUAAGAUAUCAGUUUGCUGUUA